AUGCAGCCCAUUCCAGAGCUUAGACCUUCUGCAUAUCUCCUGUCGGGGGUGUGUCUCACAGUGGCCGUCCUCAAUCUCCCUUACAGCCGCAUCCCCGUGGUUGGAACAGGCCAGUGGCCUGUGUUCGACCAGAAAGCCAGUCUGCGCUUCAUGUCCUCGGCCAGGGCUCUGAUCCGUCACGGUUUCGAAAAGUACACGAAUCCUCUCUCCAGAGAGACCGCUUUGACGCUGGAAGAUCAUUUCGGUCAGCCCCAAGACUGGGAGCCCCAUUUCUUUGCCCGCGAGGUCCCCUACAUCGUCGCGCGUCUGUCGACCCUGGUUUUCUUGGGCGAGCGAGUGUGUCGCAACCCGGAAUGGCUGGAUCUCUCGGUGAACUACACGCUGGACAUCUUCGGCGCCAUCACCGCCCUACGACGCUGGCCAUCUAUCCUCCGACCCAUCGUGCACUGGUUCCUGGCACCCGCCCAGAAGCUCCGACAACAUGUGCGGGUGGCGCGCCGGAUCAUCCGGCGAGAAAUGGAGGAGCGGCAACAGAACAAGAAGACCACGAGACUGGCGGAUGCUCUGGACUGGCUCCACGAAGUCGCCGCCGGUCGUCCGUUGGACGCGACUACAGCGCAGAUCGGGUUGACUCUAGUGACUAUCCACACCACGUCUAACCUCCUCACCAACGUCAUCUACGACUUGGCGGCCCACCCGGAAUAUCUGCAGCCCCUGCGGGAAGAGAUCCGGUCGGUAAUGGAGGCCGACGGCUGCUUCCAGAAGACCAGUUUGACCAAGAUGAAACUCCUGGACAGCGUGGUGAAGGAGAGUCAACGGUUGAAUCCGCCCGGGCUAACUUCCCUGCACCGCUAUGCCACGAAGGAGAUUACCUUCUCGGACGCUACGGUCAUUCCGAAGGGCGCCAGCCUCGUGGUCUCUGCCCAUAGGAUGCAAGACGAGAGCAUUUAUCCCGAUCCACACAGGUUCAACGGAUUCCGCUUCCGGCAGAAGCGCGAGCAAGCGGGCCACGAGAACAAGCAUCAGUUGGUGAUGACGAGUGCGGAGCACUAUGGCUUUGGGCACGGGGUCCGCGCCUGUCCCGGCCGGUUCUUCGCCGCCAACGAGAUCAAGAUAUUGCUCGCGCAUUUGAUCAUGAAGUAUGACAUCCGAUUCCCCGACGGACAGUCUCGACCUCCCAAUUGGGAGAUAGGGGCUGACCUGGUUUGUGACCAGACUGCGCAGAAAUUCGCCGACGACACGUGUUGCAGGCCGCUCAUGAUGGUAAUCUAA